AUGAAAAUUCUCAAUUUUUUUCUUUUUUUAUUUUCUUUCCAUUUUUUUUUUUACUUUCUUUUUUUUUCAUGCUUUUUUCUUUUUUUUUUUUUUUCUUUGAAUAUUUUUUUCUUUCUUUUUUUCUUUGUUUCAUUAAUUUUUUAUUCUUUCUUCUUUUUUGCUUUUAUUUCCAAAAUUUUUUUAAAUUUUUUACUUUGCAAAUUUCUUAUUUCUUUAUAUAACACUUUUUAUUUCAAUUCAUUUUGUUUCAUUUCUCCUUCAUUUUCUUUUUUAUUCAACCUUACAUUUUUUUUUCAUUUUUCUAAUUUUUUUCCAAUUUCAUUUAAUUUUUUUUUAUUUCUUUCUUUCUAUUUUCUUUUCUUUCAUUAUUCUUUUUCUAUAAAAUUCAUUCUAUUUUUACAUCCAUUCAUUCUUCCAACAUUUCUUAAUUAUUUUAAUUUUAUUUUUUUCUUUUUUAUUUCUGUUUUAUUUUCAUUUUCACUUAUUUCUAUCUUUCCUGUUCAAACUUUUUCUUUGUUCAAAUUUUCUUUAAUUUUUUCUUUCUUUCUUUCUUUUUUUCAUAAUUCUUUUUUUAUUUUCUUUUUUUCUUUCCUUUCUUUCACAAUUCUUUCUUUGGCAUUAAACCUUUUUUCUUUUUUUCAUUUUUUCAAAUAUUUUUUUUUCUUUUCUUUUCUUUCUUUCUUUUCUUUCUUUCUUUUCAAAUUUUCUAUCUCAAAUUCCCAUAUUUUUUCUUUUUUUCUUUCUUUUCUUUUCAUUUUUUCUUUUUUUCCUUUUUCUUUACAAUUCUUCUUCUUUUUUUCUUUUUUUCUUUCUUUUCUUUCUUUUUUUUCUUUUCUUUUUUUUUUUUUUCUUUCUUUUCUCUUUCAUUUUCUUUAA